CUGUCCCUGUCCCUGUCCCUGUCCCUGUCCCUGUCCCCCCUCAGCCGCGGUGCCCGAGACGGAGCCCACGGAGCCGGGACCGCUCGACUGCCGGGAGGAGCAGUACCCCUGCACCCGGCUCUACUCGGUGCACAAGCCCUGCAAGCAGUGCCUGAACGAGAUCUGCUUCUACAGCCUCCGCCGGGUUUACGUCAUCAACAAGGAGAUCUGCGUCCGCACCGUGUGCGCCCACGAGGAGCUGCUGAGAGCCGACCUGUGCCGGGACAAGUUCUCCAAGUGCGGGGUGAUGGCCACGAGCGGAUUGUGCCAGAGCGUGGGAGCAUCCUGCGCCCGCAGCUGCGGCGGCUGCUGAGCCCCGGCCCCGCUCCGGAGCUCCCGGGCAUCACCGAGCAGCUCCCCGAAAUCCCGGGAAUUCUCUCUCUCUCUCUCUCUCUGGGUGUUUUGUUUUUUUUGUGCACAUAAUAAUUAAAACGGGCAAGGGGGGGUUUA